GCUUCUACCAUGACUGACACCGUGUUCAGCAACAGCUCUAGCCGUUGGAUGUGUCCCAGUGACCGACCCCAGCAAUCAAAUGAUAAAGAACAGCUCCAGACGGGAUGGUCUGUUCACUCCAGUGGUCAGGCAGACAGAGGGAGGAAGCAGGAAGAGCUGACAGAUGAGGAGAAGGAGAUCAUCAACAGGGUGAUUGCUCGUGCUGAGAAGAUGGAAGAGCUGGAGCAGGAGCGCAUCGGGCGCCUGGUGGACCGUCUGGAGAACAUGAGGAAGAACGUGGCUGGGGACGGGGUGAACUGCUGCAUACUGUGUGGAGAACAGCUGGGGAUGCUGGGCUCUGCCUGUGUAGUGUGUGAGGACUGUAAGAAGAAUGUCUGCACCAAGUGUGGGGUGGAGACCUUCAACAGCCGCCCACACCCUGUGUGGCUCUGCAAAAUCUGCAUCGAGCAGAGAGAGGUGUGGAAGCGCUCUGGAGCAUGGUUCUUCAAGGGCUUCCCCAAACAGGUCCUCCCACAGCCUAUGCCCAUAAAGAAGACCAAGCCCCAGCAGCCAGCCAGUGAGCCCGCUGCCCCUGAGCAGCCCACCCCUGAGCCCAAACACCCUGCCCGGGCUCCAACUCGAGGUGACUCUGAUGACAGGAGGGGCCCAGGUCAGAAGACAGGCCCUGACCUGGCCUCUGCUCCUGGGCAAGGAAGCUAUGGGCCUCCUGUGCGCAGGGCCUCCGAGGCACGAAUGAGCUCAUCUAGCCGGGACUCAGAGAGCUGGGACCAGAGCCACGGCGGACCUGCUGGUGACCCCAGCCGGGGCUCAGCAGGUUUGAGACGGGCCAACUCAGUGCAGGCCUCUAGACCCACCCCGGCUUUGAUACAGAGUCCAGCGCCCCCCCAGCCUGGGCAGCCAGGACCCCCAGGAGGCAGCAGACCCAGUCCCGGGCCAGCAGGACGCUUUUCAGAUCAGAGACCAGAGGUGGCUCUGAGUGACCCCGCCUGUACAGGGGCCACCGCCCCACCGCGAGAGGAGAGAGUCGGGGGAGUUGGGGGCUAUUCGGCAGUUGGAGCCAGGGAGGACCGAGUGGGCCACCCACCCUAUUCCCAAGCGUCUGCUGCUGCUCCCCAGCCGGCCGUGGUCCCAGCCCACCAGCCCCCACGCCCAGCGGAGGAGGAGGAGGAGGAGGAAGCCAACAGCUAUGAUUCAGAUGAAGCAACCACCCUGGGUGCCCUGGAGUUCAGCCUUCUCUACGACCAGGACAACAGCUCCCUGCACUGCACCAUCAUAAAGGCCAAGGGACUGAAGCCCAUGGAUUCCAAUGGCUUGGCCGAUCCCUACGUUAAGCUGCACCUCCUGCCGGGAGCCAGCAAGUCCAACAAGCUUCGUACAAAAACCCUGCGGAACACCCGAAAUCCCAUCUGGAAUGAGACUCUGGUCUAUCAUGGCAUCACGGAUGAAGACAUGCAGAGGAAGACCCUCAGGAUCUCUGUCUGUGAUGAGGACAAAUUUGGCCAUAACGAGUUUAUUGGUGAGACCAGAUUCUCGCUCAAAAAAUUGAAGCCCAACCAGAGGAAGAACUUCAAUAUCUGUCUGGAGCGGGUGAUCCCGAUGAAGCGUGCUGGAACCACCGGGUCAGCCCGAGGCAUGGCCCUUUAUGAGGAGGAGCAGGUGGAGCGUAUUGGUGACACAGAGGAACGCGGCAAGAUCCUGGUGUCCCUCAUGUACAGCACACAGCAGGGAGGUCUCAUUGUGGGCAUCAUACGCUGCGUGCACCUGGCGGCCAUGGACGCCAAUGGCUACUCAGAUCCAUUCGUCAAGCUCUGGCUGAAACCAGAUAUGGGAAAGAAAGCCAAACAUAAGACUCAAAUUAAGAAGAAAACGUUGAAUCCUGAAUUUAAUGAGGAAUUUUUCUACGACAUCAAACAUAGUGACCUGGCGAAGAAGUCACUGGACAUCUCAGUCUGGGACUAUGACAUUGGCAAGUCCAAUGAUUACAUCGGAGGCUGCCAGCUGGGGAUCUCAGCCAAGGGAGAGCGCUUAAAACACUGGUACGAGUGUCUGAAAAACAAGGACAAGAAGAUAGAACGCUGGCACCAGCUACAGAAUGAGAACCACGUGUCAAGCGAUUAG